CGGUGACUUUUACUACUCUGGUCCAGUCUGCUGGAUGGUGACUUUAACUACUCUGGUCCAGUCUGCUGGAUGGUGACUUUAACUACUCUGGUCCAGUCUGCUAGACUAGUGACUGGUAGUUCAGGAGUCUGCAGCAGCAGCAGGCUGAAUGGUUCGGGCUUGUUUUUAAUGAGGAGCUACUGGUGUGUGCUGCUAUAAUACUUUAUAUAAUACUUUACAACAACUUAAAUACUGCAGGGCCACAAUGCUUCAUCAGCCCUGCUACAGGGAUGAGUGUGGAAGUGGAAAGAAAAUUUGUGUGCAACGCUGAAACUGUGAGAACACUGGAGGAGAUCGGGGCGGUGUGUGUUGGGCAGCACCAGUUCCAUGACCAGUACUUCGACACGCCCCAGUUCCACCUGACGCUGAGAGACACCUGGCUGCGUAAACGCAAAGGAUGCUGGGAGUUGAAGUGUCCGACAUCAGCCAGCGGGACAGAAGAGAAUAAAGCGGCUGCACUGUGCUCUCGCUACAAGGAGAUCACCAACCUGCCUGAGAUCCUGCUGAGAGUCAAGGAGGUCCUGAGAGUCAAGGAGGUCCUGAGAGUCAAGGAGGUCCUGAGAGUCAAGGAGGUCCUGAGAGACGUUGGUGAGGACGGAGAGACGGAGACCAGCCCUCAGGACCACCAGUCCUACCAGUCCCACCAGUCCUGGCUGGACCAGAUGAAUCUGGUGUGUUUUGCAGAGUUUACUACAGAGCGGCGGUCCUUCUCUCUGCAGGAGGAGGGGGUGCAGGUAGACCUGGACCAGGCUGACUUUGGCUACCAUGUGGGAGAAAUAGAGGUCCUGGUUCCAGAGGGAGGAGACGUCCAGUCCGCCUUGGAGAAGAUUGAGAGAACGGCUGGAAAGCUGGGUCUGACUGGAGAUCAGCGAGUUGAAGGGAAGAUGCACGUUUACCUUCAAAGAAAUCACCCAGAGCACUAUGCAAGGCUACUGAGUGCACAUGUUUUAUAAGGAAUAUUAUAUAUUACACACAGUCUGUAACGCUUACAGCUCAACGAUGAAGGCAUUUCUGUAAUACUGAGGCAUUAUUUAUUAUUUUAUUAGAAGUAAUUCAGAUGUCAAUUGUAACUGUAUUCACUCACUGUACAGACAUGAAUCUCUCGUGGCAUUUCCUAAAUUUGCGGUAUUAUAAUGUAUAAUGUAAUAUUAUAAACUAGAAAUGGCCACUUGACAUUUACACUUGCAGGCUGCUCUGCGUCCUGUCCACCACAUUAUUUAUACAGUUAUAUUUUCUCCUGGCUGUAAUAUGGAGCGUGUGAGAGGAAGUGUGAACACUGGAAAUAAACAAGGUGUCAUAGUGUUGAUGCACUAUUAAUAAUGA